UCGAAACGUCGACAGUAAUAAAAUAAAUUGUUAUAUCUAUUAACAAAAUGUCAAUAAAAAGAUUUAAAGCUGCUGUUAACUCUAUCAUAUUCAUUCUCAAAUGUUUACCCAUAUCAAAACAAAAUUAUUUAUCAAAGAUAAGGCAGCAAUAUGGGUCUUAUAUUACAAAUAAUGUAUUUCUGUAUGGAAAAUUACGAAUAAAGUUAUGUAAAUUAAAAUGCGAUUUAAUAUUCUUAAAAGUAUGCAAGAGAGAAAACCUCCUACCAAAAUUUGUAACAUUCAAAAUACCCUCUACACAUCAACAUCAUCAGAGAGCAAUACAAAAUUGUUAUCGUGCAAUAUUGAUAAAUGAAAUUAAAAUUAAAAAGCGUCAGUUAUCACAAUUAUAUAAAAUGUGUAAAAAUUUAGAAAGUUCAAUUCAAGUUGAGAUGGAUCCAGUUAUCAAAAGCAGAAUACGAACAAUAAUUAAGGAAUUAGAAAAAGAAAAAGAAAUUGUAUUUAGAAAUAGACAUGGUAAAAAAUUGGAAAUGUUGAGAACAUUACAGAAACUACCGUCAAAUAUUAAACGUAAAACAAUUACAACAUCUCCAAUAAAGAAUUAUUCAAAAAGGACUUUAACACAUGACGAAACUGUAGCUUUAGAAAAUGGGCUUGAUUUCAUUUUGCCAUCACUAACUUUUGAUGAAGAAUCGUUCAUUUCUAACAUUGAGACUUUAUUUGUCAGCUUACUUGGAAAAUGUUCAGAUAAAAAUGAUUAUGAGGAACGGGAGAGUGACGAAUUAAUUGUUUAUAAUCUAACACCUGAACAAUUAAAACUAUCAAAUAAAUUAAGAAAGUUAUGUGAUACAUUUAGAUGGAAUGCAUAUAAAACGAUUUCGCGUUACAGAGAUGAUACUGAACCAAUGAUAAGAACACUACGGAAUUUAUCUAAAGAUAAAUCAAUCCACAUUUCGCGUGCAGAUAAGGGUCGAGCGGUGGUCAUUCUUAAUAAAAUAGAUUAUAAUACGAAAAUGGAAUCAAUUUUGAAUGAUACAGGUGCGUUUAAAAUAAUAGAGAGUGAUCCAACGUUAAAAAAGGAAGAUAUGUUACAACAUAAAUUAUUAAAAUUGAGAAAUUCAGGCUUCAUUACUGAUGCAGAGUAUAUUUAUGCUCGCCCUGUUGGUUCGGGACCAGGUAAAGCCUAUGGUUUACCAAAAAUCCAUAAAAAAGAUCUACCAUUGCGUCCUAUUAUCUCGACGUGUAAUACAUUCAAUUAUAAACUAUCAAAACUUUUAGCAAAAAAAUUAGGUCAUCUACGAAUUAGUCCAAAUAUUAUUAAUGACACAUUUAAGUUUGUUGAUGAAAUCCAUAGUUUAAGAUUUAAUCAAGAUGAAAUCAAAUUAGUGUCUUUCGAUAUUAUAUCUUUAUUUACAAAAGUACCUCUAGAUAGAACAAUUGAAAUAAUCCUAGAGCAGAUGUACGGCAAACCACACACUUGUACAUUUAGUAACAAGAAAAAAGAUGAUUGGUGUGAUAACUGUAAAAAUAGAUAUGAAUUGAAAUCACUAUUAGAAAUAGCAACAAAAGAUUCUCAUUUCAUCUUCAACGAUAAAAUAUAUUGUCAACUACAAGGUAUUGCGAUGGGGAGCCCUUUAGGCCCCCUAUUCGCAGACGUUUAUAUUAAUUAUCUUGAAACAAAAUUAAAACGAAGAUUAGUUACCAAUGGUGUAUUAUAUUGGAAAAGGUUUGUGGAUGAUAGUUUCGUAAUAGUAAAAAAAGACGCUGAUAUAAAUAAACUACUAAAAAUUUUAAACAGUUUUGAUCCUGCUGUACAAUUCACAGUAGAAAUAGAGAAUAAUGGCACUAUUCCAUUUCUUGAUAUAUUAAUUAGUCGAAACAAUAAUUCAACAGGCUCCAGAACAUUUACAACAACGAUCUACCGAAAGCCCACAUUUACUGGUUUACUUUUAAAAUGGACGUCAUAUGUACCAAUGUCAUAUAAAAUAUCUGCAAUUAGUUCAAUGGCAUAUCGAGCAAUAAGAAUUUGCUCCACGUAUGUACUAUUACAUCAUGAAUUCAAAUUUAUUAGAUUACUUGCAAUGGAAAAUGGAUAUCCAAUAGAAUUUGUACUUAAUCAAAUAGGAAAAAC